UUUUCCGUCUGCUGAGCUACACCCCUCCGCACUGGGACAGUUAUUUUUAGCUGUCGUUGAUCGGUUCGACAGACGUGUGUGCAGUUUGUUGUGUUCAAGAAUAAAAUUCACGUGACGUAGACAAUGUUAUUGCCGAGGCCGUUUCAUGUUGAGGAGAUUUCUGGCGAAUGUCAGCCUUCGUAUUAGAAAGAAAGUAAGACAAGGCCAUUUUGUCUCGGUUGUGUGCAAUAUUUGGACUUUAGGAAUUAUCCGGAAAUGAGUGACACCUUGAUACCAGGUGAACAAGAUCAUGUGGAGACUUUAAGGUUGUCACAAGAAUCUCAACUCAGUUUAUCUCAGGAGACACAACAAUAUAACUUGUCUCAGGAUUCACAAAGUUUAAAUUUGUCGCAAGAUUCAUCUGCGAACUUGGAAGUUGGCAUAACGGACAGUGCGCAGAAAAGUGAUUGUGUGAUGGACGAGCAGGAAUCGACUGAUAAAGUCAAGAAAAAGGACGGGACGAAAAAAGUGAAAAAGAAAAAAACGAAAAAAUCCAAAGACAAAGACAAGGACGGUGAAAAGGGUGAAAAAAGUGAGAAAAGGGAAAAGAAAAAGUCCAAAAAGUCGAAACACUCCAGCAGACGCCCCGAACCUGAAGGUGGGAAUACGGCUGUUGGAAAUUUCCGUGACGAAUACGAUCGUAUCAUUUACAGUAAUGUGCCGAUGUUUUCCGAUCUGGAGAUGUCGGAUGAGGAGUCCAAGAAACAAGAUCGGCCCCCUCCACCUCCUCGCCGCCAGUCCCGGCUACGACAGAUCCAAAUGCAGCAGCAGCAACAACAAAAUAAUUCCACGGGGAUUUUCUUCCCUUGCCCAAACUUCAGCAUCAAUUCAAACACUAUGAUAAAGUUUGCAAUUAUAGGAACGGAACUGCAGAAUAUUGCUCGGACAGCCAUGAGAAGGUGGAAGAGUCGUGACGGCCGUGUUGAAACGGGGCUUGCUGUGACCACUAGCCUGGAAAAACAGGGUGUUAUUUUGUGGCGGAUUCAUAAAGCCGGUGGUUGA